AUGGUCGGAGAAUAUCUCUCUCUCGUUCUUCGGCAAGGCCUCCAGCUUCCAUUGGAGGUGAAGUAUUGGACUCGCCAGCAGCUGGAAGUGUUCGUCAUGAGCGGCGGCGUUCUGCGGCCCAAGAACUGCUCCAUACCCGAUGAGCGUCUUCUGGCAAACGCAUCCAUGAGCAAGGAUGAGAUUGUUCACUCCUUGGCCCAGGCGGCGGAGUGGAUCGCCAAUGCAGAUGCGCUGCUAAUUGGCAGCGGCGCUGGGAUGGGCGUGGACUCCGGACUAGGUACUUUCCGUGGCGGAAAGAAAGGUGUCUGGGAUGGCCUGGAGGCAGUUGGUUUGGCAUACGAGGACUGCGACACAGACAUGAGUGGCCAUACAGUGCACAGCGAAGUCCCAGCAGCCGCCAGGAGAUCUGCGAGCCUCGAUGGUUCGACGAGGUCACAGCUUCGAGACACUUGCAGUCCGGCAGUAUCCUGCACUGCCUCACAUGCUACAAGCGUCUCGCAGGCACCAACGUAUUGA